AUGAGUAAUAACACGGCUCUCCAGACCGCGAUCGACCUGGUGACACGGGCCACCGAGGAAGACAAAAAUAAGAACUACGCCGAAGCCCUACGCCUCUACGGGCAUGCAGUGGAGAACUUUCUACACGCUAUCAGGUACGAAGUACAGCCUCCUCGGGUGAAAAAAGGUAUCAGAUCCAAGUGUGCCCAAUACUUGGACAGAGCCGAGAAGCUUAAGGAGUACCUCCACUGCAAAGCCGAGAAUAAUCGUGUGAAACAAGGUGAAAGUAGGGGUAAAAUUGAAGACAACAGUACGGCUAGCGACGAUGAAAUGCCGGAGAAGAAAAAACUGAGGAGCCAGUUUGAAGGAGUUAUCGUCAAGGAAAAACCGAACGUUAAGUGGUCCGACGUCGCUGGACUGCACGCGGCCAAGGAAGCCCUGAAGGAGGCUGUCAUACUGCCCAUCAAGUUCCCCCACUUGUUCACGGGCAAACGUAAACCGUGGAGGGGCAUCCUGCUUUUCGGACCCCCCGGUACGGGGAAGUCUUAUCUAGCCAAGGCAGUGGCCACCGAAGCGAACAACUCUACGUUCUUCUCGGUUUCAUCCUCCCACCUGGUCUCAAAGUGGCUCGGCGAAAGCGAAAAGCUGGUGCGCAAUCUCUUCGAGAUGGCGCGCAACCAGAAGCCGAGCAUUAUCUUCAUCGACGAGAUUGACUCCCUCUGCAGCACCCGGUCCGACAACGAGAAUGACGCCACUCGACGUAUCAAAACGGAAUUCCUGGUGCAGAUGCAGGGUGUCGGCAACGACAACGACGGCAUUCUCGUGCUGGGCGCCACCAACAUUCCGUGGAUUCUGGAUUCAGCCAUUCGGAGGCGUUUUGAGAAGCGUAUCUACAUUCCCCUGCCGGAUGAGCUUGCCAGAUUGCACAUGUUUAAGCUGCACAUUGGUAAUACGCCUCAUACUUUGUCACAAGACGACUUCAAGCAGCUGGCCAAGCGCAGCGGUGGUUUCAGCGGAGCCGACAUCUCAGUGCUCGUGCGCGAUGCCCUCAUGCAACCUGUGCGCAAAGUACAGACAGCGACCCACUUCAGGAGGGUACGAGGGCCCUCUCGCGGUGACCCCAACGUCAUUGUGGACGACCUUUUGACACCCUGCACUCCCGGUAGCCCCGGCGCCAUCGAAAUGUCUUGGAUGGACGUGCCGGGAGAAAAGCUUCUCGAGCCGACGGUAACCAUGAGCGACAUGUUAUUGUCUCUUUCAACUGCCAAGCCGACUGUCCGCAAGGACGACCUUCGAAAGUUGAAGAAGUUCCUCGAUGACUUUGGCGAAGAAGGUUAA